UCUCCUGAUGUGGCCAAAAUAUUGGAGCCUCAGCUUUAGGAUCUGUCCUUCCAGUGAGCACUCAGGGCUGUUUUCCUUCAGAAUGGAUAAGUAAGUUUGAUCUUCUUGCAGUCCAUGGGACUCUAGAGAGUCUCCUCCAACACCAUAAUUCAAAAGCAUCAAUUCUUUGGCGAUCAGCCUUCUUUCAGUCAUUGGUUUAUAGUGUAUUUUUAUGCCGCCUUUAAGGGAAAAGCAAGAUGCAAAAGUAAGAAAGACAAGUGGUGCAAUCAAAGCGCGAUUAAGCACUAUCAUCAGGCAUAUCUUCAUGGGUGUGAGUCAUUUCCUGAAAAGUUCAUUACUCUGUUUUCUGUCCCCUCGCGGCACGCGCCACGCCCCCUUCAGACCGAUUGGCGUCUUGCUCGUCUCCGUGUUGUGCUGCGUCCACGCUUUCGCUUUCGCCCGUGUCCUCCUUUCCGUUCCUCCUCGGUUUGCAGGGAUCCAGGCUGCGAAGACAGUAGGGAUCCUCCGUCUUUGGACCCCAAAUUUACCUCUGCCGCUGCGGGGCGGGACUCUCUUUCUCCCGCGUUGACCAGACCGCGCAUUUUGCGCGCAAGGAGGCACACCCAUGGCCGCCGCCGGAGACCCCUCCAUAACUCUCCAGGACGAAGUGACUUGCUCCAUCUGCUUGGAUUACUUCCGCGACCCGGUGAUGAUCAUCGACUGCGGGCACAGCUUUUGCCGAGCCUGCAUCUCCCAGUGCCCGGAGGGGCCGGGCCGCGACCUCUCCUCUUGCCCCCAGUGCAGGAUAGCUUUUCCCCGGGGCAACCUCCGGCCCAACAGGCACUUGGCGAAUAUGGCCGAAGCGAUACAGCGCCUCCGCCUGCAGUGCCUAAGCCUAGCCGAAGGGGAGCCCAAGAAGGAAGCGCCGAAGUUGUGCGGGAAGCACUACGAAGCCCUCCGGCUCUUCUGCCAAGAGGACCGCGCCUUCAUCUGCCUGGUCUGCAGGGAAUCCCGGGCGCACAAAGCGCACGCCACCCUCCCCAUCGACGAGGCUGCCCAGGAUGCUAAGGAUCAGCUCCAAAGUUGCCUAACAACCUUGAAGAAGGAGAGAGAUGAAAUUUUGAAGAGGAUUGAAGGGUGCAGUGAGAGAGAAAUGAAGAAUCGUGUGGGAAGCAUCAGGGAUCAAGUUGCGGGAAACUGGGAACUGCUACUUGCGUGUGCAGAGAUCAUGGAGUCAAUCGACAAAAUAGCCAGUGAAUUCUCAGAGCGCAGCUCUCAUCUCGCCAAACUGAUUAAAGAGGUAGAGGAGAAGUGCCUGAAGUCUGCCUUUGAACUCCUGCAGGAUAUGGAUCCCUUGCUGAGCAGAUGCAACAUAGAAAUAUCUGGGAAACCCAAAGCUGAUCUGAAUAAGAAAGUUGAGUUGCUUAAUGAAAAACUACAGCUGGUGCAGACCAAGUUGCGUCAGCUUUCAGCAGGUGUGCCACAGCAGCUCAAUCAGCACAGAUAUACUUCUGAUUUUCACUAUCCAGUAUGUGACGCAGACUAUGUUGAUGCCAACACGGUGAAAUCAAAAUGGAAAAGAGGUAAAUGGAAAAGAGAAAACGUGGUGUUUGAUCCGGAAACAGCCCAUCCCCGAUAUAUUGUGUCUUCUGAUGGAAAAUCAGUAUGGUGGGGAAAGGUCCGCCAGGACUACCCCUACAGUUCAAUUAGGUUUGAAUACGCCCGCUGUCUACUUGGAAUGUGGGGAUUCAGCUCAGGGAAACAUUAUUGGACGGUGGAUGUUGAGGGUGUCAACCAUUGGGCUGUGGGCGUAGCCAGAGAGUCUGUGGAGAGGGAUAGAGAAAUUAAUUUUGAACCUGAUGAAGGGAUCUGGGCAGUGGGCUUUAGCCGCAAUGAUCAGUUCAAAGCUCUGACUUCACCACCUACCUAUUUGGACCCAGAAGAGGGCCCAACACAAAUCCAAGUUUCGUUGAACUACGAAGCAGGGACUGUGGCUUUUUAUGAUGCUGAAGAUAAGACCCGCCUCUUUAUUUUCGAGUCAAUUGAUUUUGAAGGGGAGGAAGUUUUCCCCUUUUUCCGGAUUGUAGAUCCAUCAGUUUGCCUCCAGCUGUGCUACUAAAGCACAUGGUCCUUGACCUGUGCUUUGCCUUUCCUGGGUCCUCAGACGAGUCCAAAUGUUAGUUCCAUAGAGCAGCGGAUAUCAUUUCUGUGCACAUUGUCUUUGGAAGUCUGCACAGGCUGCAGUUUCCAUCCCAGGCUGCUGUCCCACAUUCUCCUUCAACAAAGGACCAAGGUGUUUUGGGUUGACUCUGCAGAUGAUUGCUUUAUAAUUCAGUACAGCAAAGAAGCACUAUAAUAUUGCAAAUAAUGUUCCUUUACUGUUGCACCCUCUUAGUGGUGCCAAUGGGGGAUUUCCUCCCAAUGCAAAUAGCAGCUUCAGAGGAGGGAUUAUACUCAGGACCAAAGCAAAGGAGGAAAGGGUUAAAUCCCCCACCACCUUUUUUGGGAUUCUAAUACAGCAAUCAUUAGCUUCUCCUCUCAGCAUUUUGCAGCUUUACAAACCUGCAUUUUGAAUGCUAAACAAUAUAUUUUCUAUUUUUGACCCUUAGUCUUCCCCUAUAUUAACUACUAUUUGUUAGCGUAGAACUGUAGGAUUUUACUUUUAAUAAACCUGUUAUUUGAUGUAGCCAUUGCAGUCUUUCAAUCAUUUCAUUAAUCUUUCAAUAAAGUUUUUUUUUAAAAAAAAAUCCUUUAACCUUUGUUUUGACCCAACUAAUUUUUAUGCUGCACUUCUGUUAGGAUAAUUUUAGUUUAUUCUGUUGCUUUUCUUAAAAGAUUCAAGGCAACCUAAAAGCUUUUUUUAAAGUACCAUGCUGAACAAAAACGAUACAUACAGAUGAUAAUGUUCAUAGUGUAAGAAUAAUUUUUUUAAAAAAAAACCCACCACCCCAGCAAAAUAACAAAACUAGGCUCACCAAUUAACCAGGGCUAUGUUUAAAACCAUCCCCACCUUUCUCCUGAAAUGCCUGUGAGUAAAGGAACACUUUAACAUUGUGCAAUGUUGGUGCCAAUAUUUUGUUUUAAGAUACAUGUGUUUAAGGUGGAGUAUUGUUUGGGGUUAGCCUGUCUGUUUCCAUCCCAUGCUGCUGUCCCACAUUCCCCUUCAACAAAGGACCAAGGUGUUUUGGUUUGACUGUGCAGAUGAUUGCUUUUUAAUUCAGUACAGCAAAGAAGCACUGUAAUAUUACAAAUAAUGUUCCUUUAAUUUUGCAACUCUUGGUGGUGCCAAUGGGGGAUUUCCUCCCAAUGCAAAUAGCUGCUUCAGAGGAGGGAUUAUACUUGGGACCAAAGCAAAGAAGGAAAGGGUUAAAUCCCCCACCACCUUUUGUCAUUCUAAUAAUCAUCAGCUUCUUUCCUCACAGCAUUUUGCAGUUUUAAAAACCUGCAUGCUAAAGGCAAAGCCAUAUUUUGUCUGGUUUUGACCCUUAGCUUAUAUUAACUAUACUGUUUAUUAGCAUGUAACUCCUCAGGUUUUUUUCUUUAGCUUUUUACAUUUAAUAAACCUGUGAUUUGAUGUUGCCAUUGCAGUCUUUCAAUCAUUUCGUUAAUCCGUCAAUAAAGUUAUUUAAAAAAUUAA